GCAUGUAAAGCAAAAUGGACACUAUAUGCCAACAGAAUUGAGAAAAUGGCAAGUGGCGAGAUAAUUUUUUGGAUAAUUCAAGUUCGUAGCUUAAAUUAAAUGCGCGCUGAAAAUAAUGUGACGUGGACAGUGAAUUGUGUGCGAUGGCGAGCAAAGAAGGAACCGAUGAUCAGCAACAGUUUGUUGAAGAAAUUGAUUAUAAGGAAAUCGACAGAGAAGAGAUUGUAGGUAAAGGGUCUUUUGGAGUAGUGUGGAAAGGGAGAUGGCGUGGGCAGUAUGUAGCAGUGAAGCUCAUCAGCUCGGAAUGCGAAAAGAAAGCAUUUACAGUCGAAGUUAGGCAGCUUUCAAGAGUAGCACAUCCAAAUAUUGUUAAAUUAUAUGGAGCUUGUACAAAAAAUCCCGUUUGUUUAGUAAUGGAAUACGCAGAGGGUGGAUCGUUAUACAAUGUUCUUCAUUGCAAUCCUCAACCUCAUUAUACUGUCGGUCAUGCCAUGAGUUGGGCCCUUCAAUGUGCUCGUGGUGUUGCCUACCUCCACAACAUGAAACCCAAACCACUGAUUCACAGGGAUCUGAAACCUCCAAAUCUCCUUUUAGUCAUGGGAGGUCAGGCACUGAAGAUCUGUGAUUUUGGAACUGCCUGCGAUCUAAAAUCAUACAUGACCAAUAACAAAGGCUCGGCCGCAUGGAUGGCACCGGAAGUCUUCGAGGGUUCUCGCUAUACCGAGAAGUGCGAUGUUUUCAGUUGGGGAAUCAUCCUCUGGGAAGUUUUAUCCAGACAAAAACCUUUUGACGAUGUUGGAGGUUCUGCUUACAGAAUAAUGUGGGCUGUUCAUAUUGGACUAAGACCUGCGUUGCUAGAAACGUGUCCAAAACCAAUAGAACAACUAAUGACUAGGUGUUGGAAGAAAAUACCUGAAGAGCGACCCUCAAUGGCCGAAGUAGUCAGGAUUAUGACUGCUGUCUCAGAAAUGUUCAGUGGAGAACUCGAUCCUGUAGAAUAUUCUUUAAGUAGUGAAGUAGAGAUAGAGGAUGAUGAGGAUGUAAUGAAUGAUACAAUGGACACUCUAGACAUGCCGAGCACCUUGAAUUCUCAGUUAAACGGUUCUGUAGAAAAUGGAAUUGACACAACUCCAGUGCCUACUGAAACAAAUAUCAAUCUGCAGUCUAAUUCUCUCAAGCAACUGAGUUCCAUGGAAACUCCAAUGCAGCUACAGCAGAGCAACCUUCAAUUCACUGAUUCAUUUUUAAACCUUGAUCCAAGAUAUUCAGAUCAUGUGUCCACUACGAGCUCUCAAUUCCUGGUGAAUCAGCGACCAAACAUUGCGCCUUUGCACGUGGAAUGUGAUCCGAAUGCUUGGGAACUAGGAAACUCUUUAGACUCUUCUUGGGAGAUACGAAAUAUGGCUGGUUUAGACAAAAUGGCACCAAAGACAAAGAAAAAUCUACAAAGUAGCAGCACGACGAACGAAGACUUGGACAAUGUCUAUCGGUUGUUGGAGAGCGAACAGAGACCCCUUACCCCGGAUCACACGUGUCCACAAUCUCAAGAGAUCUUUGAGGAACACAAGCAGCUGGCACAUGAGUAUUUCAAGGUGCAAACGGAGAUAGCGCUUUUGAGUCAACAAAAAAAUGCCUUAAUGAAAAAUCUCAGCAUCGAAAGUCUCAAGCAGCAAGAGGAACUUCGAGAACUGGAAAACGAAAAGGAAUCCUUGCGAAAGCUUUAUCUAAAUUUAAAGCGUCAACUCGAGAUUAUGAAAGGGCAACGAAGUGGCGCAGCAAAAACGCCAACAAUACCGACAAUAGGGCCAGCAGUUUCUGGAGAAGAUGGUUGGGUGGUUGUUCCAUGUCAAGAUCCUUCGAGGAUGUCCUGAACCUCCCAAGUUCGAAUUUUCGAAAAAAAAGUGUCUUAUUCGCCCAAUGGAUCGCAUCCCUAAAAAAGGAGAGUCCUCGGGCGUGUUUCGUAAGUCUGUGAUGCCAGAUAAAAUUUUGUUCUUAUAUUUAAAAACACUGAGCGAAGCCUUAAUUCCACUUCAUUUAAUACCGAAUUUUAUAAUUAGCAAGAUGCAGUGCUACAGACUGACUCGUGAAUCAUAAAGAUUCGCGUUUUUUAUGCAUCUUUUAGUAAGAAUGUGGACAUAUAGUUGUGUAAUUAAAGUACAAAGAUAUUCCUGAGUGAAUGAAAAAAAUACGGUGAAAAGCAAAAUGAAUAUACAAAUGCGAGAAACUCGCUGAUCUCACAUGUAAAAAGUUCAGAUUUUAAAGUUAAGAAGUAAUUGAAGGGGGUUCUUAAAGAUAGAAUCGUUUUACUUUUCAUCGUGGAUCAAGAUAUUAUAUUGCGAUUAUUGUUUUACUAAUAUGGUCCUAAUUUUUAUUAUAAAAGUGCAUAUCAAAUUAUAACUGCUUUAGAUAAUUAAAUGUUUAUUUAAAUUAUCUUUAAUAAAUUAGUCUUCUAGUAUUCAGUUAUUAUAUUCCCAAAAAUUUACAUUUUCUUUAAAAUUUACAAGUAUAAGGACUGUAAAUCGGAUAUGAAUUUGUAGACCAUAUUGGUAUAAUCAAUCAUAAUCAUUAACUAGAGAUAGAAUAGUAUUAAUUAUUAUAUUCUUAAUUUCUCAGUCUCCAGUUCAGUGACUGAUUUUUACUGCUGAUCAUUUGUAUAAAACGCACGUGAUUUAUUCGAAAUUAGUUAUAUCUAAUCUUCCUUUGUAUGAAACUUAGAAUAUUAUAUAUUCUACGCUUCUAAUUAUAUAAAGAGGUCACAUUGUUUAAAAAUUAUUCUUCUAAUAAGUUUUCUAUUUAAUAUUGGUAAUUUAUGGUUGAAGUCCGUACUAUAUUUUCAAUGUUUAUUAUUCUUUGUGGGAAAUAAUUUUCUGAAUUUUUGAUAUACAAAUAUUUUAAGACUGUUUUUUAGUAUUAUAUGUAUUCAAAUCAAAGAAUUUAUCAAAUCCGUCGAAGUUGAUCAAGAGAUUCAACAAAGAAUUCAAUGUACUCAUUGCUUAACAUAUAUGCUUAAAGACUUAAAUCAUAUAAUGCUAGUCAACUUAUUCAAACAUCACGAAGUCGGAAAUAUUUUUUUUAUAAUUGAAAGUAAAUUUACUUCAAACUAUAAUUUUUCACUUUGAAUGAUUAAAGUUACAAAUUUUGCUAGCUUUCAUAAAUAAUUUAAUUCUUGUAGUUAUUUCUUUUUGUAGCUGCAAAGCAAUUAUGAUUGUAGCUAAGCAAACACUACUAUAGGAUAAUAAUAAUGAUCCUGGUUCUUUAUUUUUGCAUUUCUAUGAAAAACAUAUUUACAUAAUAUUAGUAUCAGUUCUUUAAUAGAGAAAGGUAAAUUUCAAAGAAAUAAUGUUUGGAAAUAAUUUUGAGUACUUAAUAUUAAAAAAAUAUAUUUAUGGCAAUGGAGUCCACCGAAACCAUAAAUAUGAAAUUUUUUCAAUUUCUAAUUACUGAAAAAAAAUUUUGAAAAUUGCAUCUAAUUAUAAUCUAUAAAUUCAGUUCUUACUACUCGUAUUGUUCCUGAUUUUUCCAGGUAUUAUUUAAUUGAAAAUGUAGGAUGUGAAAAGUACCAUGGUAUAUCAUGAAUGUUAUAAUCAUAAUUUAAUUUUGCAAGUUAAAAUAUAUGGAAUCAUAAUAUUUUUAGACGCACUUAUGUUUGGAUGAAUUCAUAAUCUGUUUCGAUGUCGGUAACACUAUUCUGUAUAUAUUGACAAUGAGUGCAACCGAAUGAAAAUUUUUUACUAAACUGACUCGCGAAAAUCAUCAGCUGUAUUCGUCACAUUUUUAGUCACAUUAGAUCACGUUAUCAUGACUUUUUGUAUCACUCUUCAUCGAACUAUCGUCAAGAUUUUAUUAUGUAAAUAUUUCACCAGAAAAAAACGAUUUGUACAUAGUACUUAUAGGUAUUAGAAAAAUAAAGACGAAAGUUGAUCAGAG